AGCAUUUGACUGUGGCUUGGGACGCGAGGAGAGGCGCGUCGCGACCGCCCGAAGACCGGCGAUGGUCUAAGCGCCCCUCCGCCGACCCUCCCCAGAGACGCGGCCGGGCCCUCCCCUCGCCUUCCGGACACACACCCCCGCUUGGUCUCCUCCGCCUCCCCCGCGCUCCUGCUCGCUCCGGCGCUCCGGCCGAGGCCAGCCCGGGGUGGGUGGCGCGGCGCCCGCCAGGAUGAGUGGCUCCUUCGAUCGCAAGCUCAGCAGCAUCCUCACCGAUAUCUCCAGCUCGCUCAGCUGCCAUGCGGGUUCCAAGGACUCGCCCACCCUGCCCGAGUCUUCCGUCACUGAUCUGGGCUACUACAGCGCUCCCCAGCACGACUAUUACUCGGGCCAGCCCUAUGGCCAGACCGUGAACCCCUACACCUAUCAUCACCAGUUCAAUCUCAAUGGGCUUGCAGGCACGGGCGCUUACUCGCCCAAGUCGGAAUAUACCUACGGAGCCUCUUACCGGCAAUACGGAGCCUACCGGGAGCAGCCGCUGCCCGCCCAGGACCCAGUGUCCGUGAAGGAAGAGCCGGAAGCUGAAGUGCGCAUGGUGAACGGGAAGCCUAAGAAAGUCCGAAAGCCGCGCACGAUCUACUCCAGCUACCAGCUGGCCGCCCUGCAGCGCCGCUUCCAGAAGGCCCAGUACCUGGCGCUGCCCGAGCGCGCUGAGCUGGCCGCGCAGCUGGGCCUCACGCAGACGCAGGUGAAAAUCUGGUUCCAGAACCGCCGCUCCAAAUUCAAGAAGCUCUAUAAGAAUGGCGAGGUGCCCCUGGAGCACAGCCCCAACAACAGCGACUCCAUGGCCUGCAACUCACCACCAUCACCCGCCCUCUGGGACACCUCUUCCCACUCCACUCCGGCCCCUGCCCGCAGCCAGCUGCCCCCGCCGCUCCCAUACAGUGCCUCCCCCAGCUACCUGGACGACCCCACCAACUCCUGGUACCACGCACAGAACCUGAGUGGACCCCACUUACAGCAGCAGCCGCCUCAACCAGCCACCCUGCACCAUGCCUCCCCAGGGCCCCCGCCCAACCCUGGGGCUGUGUACUGAGCACCCACUUGGCCUGAACCUCUCACGAAGGAACCCCAGGACCGGGCAGCAAGGCGCCUCCGUCCUAGCCAACACUCAGGAAUCGUGGAGAAGCACAGAGGGGAAAGGCGUCCCCUUUCCCCUCUCCCUUGCCCCUUCCUCCAGGGACCCAAGAGCUUCCAGAUGAAAUUUGCAUGGACCAAGGAUGCCCCCUGAACCUCCCUCCCCCUGCCUAGGCACUGGGGUGUCCCCCAGAUGUUUGGGCACCCCACUCCAGCGGGGACAGCUGUUUCCCUUCUGCUCCAAGAGCCUGGAUUGGCUUUAUAAACGGCUCAUCACCUUCCAGAUUCUAAAACGCAGUGCUCGGUCCCCAGCCUGGGGGACUGGGGAGACUGCAGCACAGCAAGGCCCUGGUCUGAGGCACCAGGCACUGUGGAUCCCGGGACCUGCCAGGCCUAAGCUCCUCCUCCCAAGCCACCUGUGGCUGCCCACCCCUCUUCCUGAGCAUCCCCUCUGCCAAAAAGACAUUGGAACUGGAGACGGGGACUCAGGGUAGGGACCUCAAGGAGCCCCGCCUUGAACUGCUCACCCUCAUUUAAGAUUGGAGGGUUCAACCAAAGAGAAGCCCCCCCACGUAAGGGACGCUUUUCACAUUUGUGGCUUCAGUGGAGGGAAGAACUCAAGGAGCUCCCCCCCACCCCCUCCCGGCUCCGGUCACAAAGGAGGGGCGGCUCCCAGGCGUCCUUCCCGUGAGGACCCAUUUCUUCUUCCCUGUACAGGACUUUGCACAACUUUGGUUUCAAAAGCUGUUGAAAAAUAGGAAGACAAAGGGCAUUGUUCACAGAUAGGACCCAUCUCCCCUGCGCGGGCACCUCUGCUCGCCCCCUCCCCCUCCCCACCUCUUCCCACCUCUUCCUCUCCUCCAGCCAGUUGGCAGUUUUUUGCGCCAAACCCCACAUCUCCAAGGAGACACCAGGCAAGACAAACCCCCAAACACCCCCUUUCCGGUGGCCGUGGAGAUGGAGCACGUCGGGGCGAGGUGCACCGGGGGAGCGAGGGGAGGGUUAUAACUCCGUGCAUUUAGGGGUGAGGGGGUGGCUGUCUGAAGGGCCCGGGGCACUGCCCCUUCUUGGCCCAGAUGUUCCCCCCGGAGCUAACUUUUCUUCCACCCCUGAUGUGGUCAAACAUCGAAGCAAAGGAGAGACGUAGACGACUGUAGCUAUAUAUAUAGUAUGUAUUUUUUUAAAAGCAACAGAGAGAGAGAAGCAGCCGCCUCCCUACUGUGGUUUCCUAUUUAUGUGGCCCUUUCCUCCUGGAUGUACCUGACCGUGCGUCGUCGUGGUCGCAAGCUGAGAGAGACAGAGAUGCGGGCGCCGGCUGGAUUUGGGUUUGGUGGGAGGCGCAGGCGAGAGGAGAAACACGGGGUAUCUGGAAGAGUCCCCACCCCAGGGGGACAGGAACGAAGCCAGCUCCCACCCCCUCCCAGCCUUCUCAUUUCUGCUUUCUUAUUGGACCCAUCUUUAUAUAUAACAUUAAUAAAAAAGAAGAAAACAA